GCAAGAGUAUAUUUGAAAUUUCUCUGAAAACAAAAUCUCAAGUACUGCAAUACCCUAACACCGCACCGCAGUACUCCACCCACAAUCGACUUAUAUUGGAAUCACUUUCUUCAGACUUCUCAUCUGGUUCUAUCUUUAAUUGUCAAGAAAUGGAGAACGCCAAAGCUAAUAAUGGAACCAACAACGGCGGCGAAGUGGCUAAAACCACCGCCGACGACCACCAGGAAAACCCUAUUAAUAAUUUGCCAACUAAUAACACUAGUGCUAUACCUGCGCCAGUAGCGGAGGAGAGCCGCGAGGGUGAAUUUGGUGCUAGUACAAAUGUAAAUCAAGGCGCCCAAGGAGGGCGCCAGCCUUCUAGGAGAACUCCCUUCACCGACCUCAGCCAAAUCGAUGCUGAUCUCGCCCUUGCCCGCACCUUACAGGAGCAGGAAAGAGCAUAUAUGAUGCUUACAAUGAAUGGUGAUGCGAGUGAUUAUGUCAGUGAAGAUGAAUAUGGAUAUGAUUAUGAUGAUGAUGAUAAUUUCGAUGAUCCUAGUGAAGAAGAUGGCAGCCAUGUAGAUGAGGAGGAUGAAGAUGCCUUUGAUGUUCAUGCUCAUGAUGAAGCAAGUGAGGAUGAGAACUUAGGUAUUGAGCUGGACCCAUCUGCUUUUCCAAGUGAUGAGGCUUAUGCUAGAGCACUACAAGAAGCUGAAGAGAGGGAAAUGGCAGCCAGAUUGCUGGCCCUUGCUGGGAUAAAUGAAGGCCAAGCUCUAAGUGAAGAAGAUCAUGGCCAAAAUUCCCAGGAUGCCUGGGAGGAAGUUGAUCCAGAUGAACUCUCUUAUGAGGAAUUAUUAGCGUUGGGUGAAGUAGUUGGAACUGAGAGCAGGGGACUUUCUGCAGAUACAAUUGCCUCUUUACCUUCAAUGAACUACAAAUCACAAAAUACUCAGGAUGGAGCAAAUGAUUCAUGUGUCAUCUGUAGAUUGGAUUAUGAAGAUGGCGAGACCUUGACCGUGCUUUCCUGCAAACAUUCUUACCAUUCUGAAUGUAUAAAUAACUGGCUAAGAAUAAACAAGGUGUGUCCUGUCUGUAGUGCUGAAGUCUCCACUUCUGGUAACAGUUAGCAGAUAUAGAUAGUGAAUGCCCCUGAGGCUGAGGGAGGAGGAUGCAGGAUUUCUUAGGAAUCAAGCAUGAAACACCAAUCCUGUAUGCCAAUGUCUUUGGUUCCUACCCAAAAACAGUGUCUGCUCAACAUUGUGCCAUUAUUUUAUAUACUAUCACAUAUAACUUGAGAAUUUUAGUGGUUUUAUAUUGGUCGCUAUACUUUGUCAUAAUUCCUUUUCGGGUGGAAGUCUGCCUUUACAUGUCACAAGAUUGUUGAAGGUCUGAAAAUAUCAUAUAAAUGUCAUAGUACUAAAUA